AUGCAAAAACAUCCAGCACCCACCGGUCAGCCACUUUCUGAGGACAUCCAUACGGCUGAGGAAUGGGAAGAAAUUCGCAAUACCUUUACCAACCUCUACAGGGAGGAGGAUAUGCCGCUUCGGGAAAUCCGCGAGACCUUUGCGCAACGAGGAUUUUAUGCCACAAUACCUCAAUAUAAACGCCGUAUCCGGCGUUGGAAAAUUGACAAGAACAACAAAGAAUCUGAUAUGGUGUUUGCAGGUCAGAAGCUGGCAACCCGUAAAUUGCAAGGGAAAGAAACCAUCUUCACAAUUCGAGGAAGGGUGAAACCUUCACAUGAAGUGGAAAGGUAUUGGAAGCGACGACAAGUUCAGCCUGGACGUCUCUCACCUGUCCCCAGUACACCACCAGACGUGAGAUACUCAACUCCAGCUCCCUCGUCACCUGGACCCUUACCUUUCCUGGAUGCGAGUCUGGCGCCUACGAAAGCGUUGGCUUCUCCGCAUACAAGAGCAGUUUGUGACCCGAGUAAUCAUUGCACUGAGAAUCGCUCUGGUCAGACGAACUGGGUCCGGCCGAUCCUACUACCUCCGCUCACCUCGCCUGGCUCUCUACGAGAUCUCGAACUGAUAUUGCGCAGUACGAGGGAACAUUAUGAGAUGUGCAUGGAUCAAGAUUACAGCAAUGUGCAGCACCUUAUCAGCUUUGAGAAUGAUAGCCAAACUAUUAUCGCUAGUACUAUAUAUGGAUACGAGGCUUCGGCACAGGCGGCUCUAAUCAGAGUCCAGAAUACCCUUUCUGAAAUUCUGAGAAACCGAGAUAAAAAUUUGCUUUCCACCGUUAUGUCAUCGCUGACGGGAUUUGUCGCAAGAAAUCUGGCGCAACCCAUUCGUGAAUUUAUAGGUUCUCUGUGUAGAGCCACAGUUACGACAUGCUCAGCUUCCCAUCCAUUCUUCGUGAUUCUUCAGGCCAUGUCACGCUCACUUGAGAUGAUCAUCCCCUUUGCGGAGGUCAUGCUGCAUUUGGGAUUGGACUUUUUGACUGUGAGAAUGGGAGCAAUGGGCCUUGAGACCAUAUACGCAUCCAGUGUGUUGAACAACAUUUGCUCGAAUAAGGGAGACUACACUGGAGCACUUCGACAGGCUGAAAGGAUGUACGAGUCAUACCGAAAUCAGAGUUCCAUGCGUAAAGCGGAUAAUUUCUGGUUCAUGGAUAGUCAAAUAAUGGUGGCGUCUCUUCACGCAGAGCUUGGAAAUUAUGAAGAAGCUGCAAGGCUUGUUGAGGAAGGGCUGACGUUCUGUGAAACUCUGACGCUGGGGGCAAGAGACAGGGAUAGAGUCCGUCUUCGUUUUCUCUGCCUUCAGGGGAAUCUACGCCAUUUUUUGGGAUUGUCUGGGGCUUUUGAGGCACUGGAGGAGGCUUUAACCAUUAGGCUUAGAUGGUUUGCAGCAGAUGACGGUGUUGCGAUGUAUAUUGCGCAAGAGUUGCAGAAGAUGCUCGACGAGCAGGCGGUUCGGGAGUAUCAUGUCUGA